AACGGCACACAUCCUUACUGUUGUCUAAUUUAUUAUAAUACGCAACACUUGAUUGAUUUUCCUUCUUAAAGUGAAGGCUAUUGAGUUGGUAAUAUACAGUAUGAAGUAUGAAGUUGACAGUCAAGGUGUGCCUUUGUUUACUGUAAGUGAUUUGAGUCCCUGGCUUGGUUUCUAGGCAACAGGACCUGCACGGACUCCGACAAAGUAAUAGUUAGCGGGUAAUGUUCCAUAGUGAUACCAGGUGAGGAUGUCUGUUAAAUUGAUAAAAAGAUGUGACACUGCAAGUGCUGUAAAUCAGAGGCUGAAAGCUGAACGUGAUGACAUGGUGCCAUCCAUGGCCCAGAAGGUUGCCUACAGCCAAGACACGCAGAAGUGUUUCCAGAACAUUCUGGGACCACUAUCACUUUUCUCUCAUGCAGACAAAGAUGAUGUGAAGAAAAGAGACAGGGCUCAGGAGGCAAGAUCUGAGUCAUCAGCCUCUGAGAAGAUAAUGAACGUUCCAGCCACGUUGUCUGAAUUGUGCCAGCAGCUGAGAGGCAGGCUCAACCAGCAGUCACCCCCACUCUCCCACACUGAGGACCAGGAAAUGCUGGUGUCACUCAUCACGUCCAAGCUGGGACUGAUCUGGCGGGACCUCUGCGGGAUGCUCGGCGACCCCAUGCUGACCUCGGACGAAAACAGGUGGCUACGGGGCAGGACCUUUGGUGAGGUGCUGCACAUCUGCGAGCGGCUCUACCUGCACUACCUCCACCUGCUGGAUGCCCUGGAGCGGCGCAGCGUCUUUAGCCCAUGGGCCAACCGCAACCGCCUGGCUGCCCGCAUGGCCUUAGACCUCAGCAGCCUUCUGAACGUUCACUCCAUACGACGUCGCAUCGCUAUGGGUAUCAAGGCAACACAGGACACGGGGUACCAACAGGUGGUGGAAAUGAUGCAUGCUGAUGCCUGUCCUCGUGAACUGGACCUCAGGUUACACGUAAAGCCCGGCUGUAAGAAAUGUGCAGCAAGCAGGCAGCAGCAGACAACAGUGGAGAAAGAGCUUAUAGAGAUCCAAGAAAAAAUAGGAGAGUUGGAUCUGGAAUGUGUGUAUAAACUCAUACCCUGUCACCUGGAGCUGAUAACCAGCAAAAUGGAGACACUCUGUGCCACUCCCUGUUCAACAUCUAAAGCAGAGGAAGAGGAAGAUCAGUUGAAGACCACCACCCGGCUGAAGGGAUGUAAUUCCAUGCCAGAGCUGCAGAGGGAGACACUGCUGGAGGAGCUGGAGAUGGCAGCACUGCCUGCACGAUCUCAGUCCUCUUUAGGGCUUCUGUCUAUAAGCCCGGGUUCUGGCCUGGAGGAGCACAUCACCCCUGCUGAGGAUCUUAGGAGACUGUUACAGGACGCAAAUCCUGUGGAAAAGUUUGACUCUGAGACAGAUAUCCCACCUCUCAUCCGAGCUUUGAGCACCAGUGGCUCCAGCAAACUCAAACAACUGACCCACGUUCUGUGGAGGCUGGAGGACGAAGAGGGCCGGCGAAGAGAGACGGAAGGUCAGGGCGAGGCAGAGAGGCCACAGCCACCCCAGGCGGAGGUGGUAAGCGUGAGCAUGCCCACCCAGGGUGUGGUGUGGGCGGCGGCUUCCCGCGUCUCUGACAGAGUGUGCCUCGAUACAAUCAGCAUCAGCAUGUGCCCCCCUGUCUACAAUGACCUCACUGGAGAGAUUGAAGCUUUGUCAGUUAAAUGGUUGGAUCGCAACCUGUUUGACAGGGAUGAAAUUAAAGAUGUCUACGAAGAGUUAUCUCAAAGUCUUCCGAUUCAGUAUUUAAACUUUGAUGAGGACCCUAUGAUAGAGACUUGUCUGAACAUUGGCAUACCUGUACUUGACUUGAAAAGGAAGAAUCACGAAAAGAAACUGAUGAACUCUUCGCUACACAUGCCAAAUCCUUAUGGCAUAUCUCACAGGAAGCGCACGGACAUGAUGGCAGAUCAUAAGAGGCCAACAGAUGUGACGUCUCGUGCAUAUGCGGCAUGGCACCGAUGGUGGAAGUCUAAUUUGACACCAAAUGAUUACCUUAAUUACCUUUCUGACCAGCAGUCAGAUUACCUGUCCGUGGUGUUUCACCUGUACGACAGUGAUGACAGCGAUGAGGAGGAUGAGUGCGAGAAGCUCCUGCAGCUUCAGAGAGAGAGGAAAAGGAGGCAACUAGCAAAGACCGACGCCCUGAGGAGGCACAAGCAGGCCUACACACCCGGCCUCUGGAACGUCAACUCCGUGCUGCUGGGAGGUCUGGGAAAAGAGCCAGCAUUGGAUGAGGUGGAAGGAGCAGAUGAGGAAAUCCAGCAUGUGGUAAGGGGUGGGCAGGGGGCAGUGGACAACCACACCCACACCAUGCCUGAGGGGGACGAGCAGGUGCAGGCCAGGCUGGAGAGAAUCUGGACUACGCUGCACCUGUCUGAGACACAGAGGCUGGACAUGGCCAUCAAGUACAGCUCCGCCACACACCGUGACAGGCUGGAGGAGGCUAUAGUGGCAUGGGAGAAGGCAACUAAUCUGAUCCAGCAGAGGGAGAAAGUGCUGUUGCAGCUGGAGCAGUUUGAGAAAGUGGCAUCUGAUCCCAACAGGUUCUUCCAGCGAGGUUACAAUGGUACCUCUGCUGCCAGGAUGGAGGAGGCAAGCAGCAGAGAGAAACUUCAGUCUCAGAUAGCAGCUCUGGACAAGUUGUUGUCCCAGAUCAUCCAUCACAUAGCUGUCACCUUCAAGGACACUGUCACCUAUAAGGGACGGCCAUAUGGAGAGAAGAUGCGCUGGGACUGUGUGGAGAUGCUCUACUGGCUACAGCAGGAGAGACGGGCUCAGGCUCUGGAGAAGCUGGUGGAGGGGAGGGGGAUACUGCCAGCUAGGCUGCCCCCUAUUAACUCCAGCCAUAUACUCUAUCCCCACCUCCACCCUACCCCAGAGGAACACUUCCCACUAGCCAUUGAGGAGAAUAUCCAGUGCAAGGAACUCCUGUGUUUUCCAUGUACAAAUAUUGAAGCUAAUGCUAAAUAAAAAAAGUAGGUUUUGAUUACCCUCUGCAUUACAUUUUAUCAUAUGGAAACUGAACAUCUAAAAUGAUUUUUAAUGUUUAUUUCUCAAUUCAUUUUGGGUUUUUUGAGAGUACAACAGAAUUUGUAUAAGUCAGGAAACUUCAAAAUUAUGCAAAACUGUGGUUAUUGCAUAGUCCUAUAGGUGGCAGUAAGCGUGUUGUCCCUUUAUAGAAGAGCACAUUUAAUUCAAGAGAAGGAGGAAAAUAACCUGCCCCUUUGAUACCUAAGACGUAGACGUUUUACUAAAGGUAGCGUAGCUAGCUCUUUUUAUGCUUUUGUAAAGAACAGACUUGCUCUGAUUCAUUUCACUCAGCUCACACUUUCUUAACAAAAUGAUAGCAAGUUGUAUGGGAUGAAAGGGGUAUGUUAUGCUGUUUUUAUGUGUCUGAUUAAACGGUUCAUAA